CCAAUGGAAGGUCUGAAUCAGUCUAUGGUAUCAGAGUUUGUGUUCCUGGGACUCACCAACUCUUGGAACAUCCAAUUAUUCCUUUUUGUGUUCUCCUCUAUAUUUUAUGUAGCAAGCAUGACUGGAAACUCCUUCAUUGUGUUCACUGUGGCAUCUGACCCUCACUUACACUCUCCCAUGUACUUUCUGUUGGCAAACCUCUCCUUCAUUGACUUGGGUGUUUCUUCUGUUAUUGCCCCCAAGAUGAUUUAUGAUCUGUUGAGAAAGCAUAAAGUCAUCUCCUUUAGAGGUUGUGUUACUCAGAUCUUUUUCAUUCACUUCAUUGGUGGUGUGGAGAUGGUUUUACUUAUAGCCAUGGCUUUUGACAGAUAUGUGGCCAUAUGUAAGCCUCUUCAUUACCUGAUCAUUAUGAGUCCAUGGAUGUGCAUCUUGAUUUCAGUAGCUUCCUGGGUUAUUGGUCUUAUGCAUUCUCUAGUUCAACUGGCUUUUGUGGUAAACUUACCUUUCUGUGGACCAAAUGUGUUGGACAGCUUCUACUGUGACUUUCCCAGGUUCAUCAAACUAGCCUGUACAGACACAAACAGAUUGAAAUUACUGGUGUCAGUCAAUAGCGGAUUCAUGUCUGUGGGAUCCUUCUUCAUAUUGAUUAUUUCCUAUAUUUUUAUUAUAUUUACUGUUCAGAAACACUCUUCAAGUGGCUCCUCUAAGGCUCUGUCUACUCUUUCAGCUCAUGUUACUGUAGUGGUCUUAUUCUUUGGUCCUGUCAUGUUCAUCUAUACAUGGCCAUCUUACACACACCUGGAUAAGUUUCUGUCCAUAUUUGAUGCAAUUGUCACUCCCGUUCUUAACCCAGUGAUCUAUACAUUUAGGAACCAAGAAAUGAAAAUGGCAAUGAUGAGAGUAUUUAACCAGAUAAUAGGUUAUAAACAAAUUAUUAAACACCUGCACUCUGAUCAGUCUUAA